AUGGCCCUCAGUAUCCGGCAGAAGAGGGUGCGAAAAAUCUCCGGAGACCCAGUCCAUGGGGUUGUGGUGCAAGGCCCUGUGGAUGGUCUGGCUACUGGCACCCCACUCUAUAGUGUGGCGGUGCAAGACACUAUAGAUGGAAGGACUACUUGUAGACCAAGGGGUUGGAGGUUUGGUACCUGGAAUGUAGGCACGUUGACAGGAAGAAGUUUGGAAGUGGUGGAGGAGCUGCAGAGGAGAAUGGUUGACGUGGCUGCAUUACAGGAGAUCAGAUGGAAGGGUGAGGGUACAAGGAAGGAAGAGGAGAAGGAUAGGUUUUAUGAUGAUGUUUCUGACGAGAUCGGGCAAGCGGGGUUGAAUGAGUUUGUGGUGUUGUUGGGUGAUUUGAAUGGUCAUGUGGGGGCGGAUGCAGACGGAUAUGAAGGUGUACAUGGGGGAUGGGGAUAUGGUAUACGGAAUGAGGAAGGGCGUAGAGUGUUGGAGUUAGCGGAUGCACAUAGCAUGGUGGUGGGGAAUACUUGGUUCACAAGGGAACCAGCGCGAUUGAUUACUUAUAGGUCAGGGGAACAUAGAUCGAUGAUAGACUAUAUAUUGGUAAGGGCCAAACAUAGGAAGUAUGUGAAGAAUGAGAAGGCGAUACCUGUACAUAUAGUUGAUUAA